AUGUUAUCCAUUACCGCUUCUCUUUCCCCUCCCACAAACUCUCCCCACCCAGGUCUUGCCUCCCUAUCCCUUCCCUCAAAUACAGACCCCUCCCUUUCGUCAUCUCAUUUAUGUUCUCCUCAGUUCGAACCACCCAAUUCUAUUUAUUCUCCCUUCCCGUUGGAUUUUCCAACCUACAUUGAGCCGGAUUUCCAGACUUCGCAACAAAGGAUGGGGGAGCAAGUUGUUGAUUUCACUUUAUCCUCCCCUCCUUUUGACUUUGAAAGCCUUGCUAGUUGCAGCCAGAUCUUGGGAGAAUUAUUCAAGUUGAGAAUUGAGGAUGGCAAGUCAAAUGAGCUGGUGGUGGAGCACGUGCAGAGGUAUGCUUCACUCACCUAUGAACGGAGAAAGAAGGCUCACAAAUCAAAUACUGAGAUGGAGAUUCAUCGCCUUGGCCCCUUGGUUAACUCGAUCCAAGGCCGCGAAGCAGGAGGAUGA